UAGCUCUCUCUCUCUCCCUGGGGGAGUCUACAGCUCGAUUACGAGUGGUAAUUUUUGCAAGUGAUUGUUGGAAUGGAGCAGUUUGGCUGGGGAAGGGAGGAGGGAGGGUGGAGGAAAGGGCCGUGGACGGCGCAGGAAGACAAGCUGCUGCUCGGCUAUGUUCGGCAGCAGGGAGAUGGGAGGUGGAAUUCUGUCGCCAAGCUCACAGGUCUGAAGAGAAGCGGGAAGAGCUGCAGGCUUCGGUGGGUGAAUUACCUGCGGCCUGACCUCAAGAGAGGCAAGAUCACGCCACAGGAGGAGAGCGUCAUACUCGAGCUCCAUGCCUUGUGGGGAAACAGAUGGUCGACGAUUGCGCGUAGCCUCCCCGGCCGGACGGACAACGAGAUCAAGAACUACUGGAGGACGCACUUCAAGAAGGGCAAGCCGUCGUCCAAGAACAUCGAGCGCGCCAGGGCGCGCUUCCUCAAGCAGCGCCGCGAGAUCAUGCAAGGCCACCACGAGCACCAGCGCGACGUCCAAGACGACGACGGUGCUGCCACCGCGGACAACACCGGCGGCGGCGCGGCUAGCCAUCACGCAGACGAAGCGACGACACGGCCAGCGCCGCCGCCGGCGCAGGACGACGACGACCUGGCGAUGAUGCGGGACAUGGCGGACAUGGACGAGUUCCUGCAGUACGACCACCACCCCAUGUCGAUGUCGGCCUACUUCCUCCUCGACGGCGGCGAUGGCGCCGCCAGCGACGCGGGGUCCAGCGGGGAGAUUACCACCUGCGGCGCCACGUGGGGCAGCCUGUGGAACCUCGACGACGUCGACGUUGUAGAUGACGUCGGUGGUGGCGGCGCGUGCGGCUGGGGCAGCUUCGCUUUGCUCCAAGAUCACGGACUCGCUUUCUACUAGCCUAGCCUAGUACAAUGGCAAAGCCUAUGCUGUGGAGGGUACACGUAGCGGCCAUGUACGUGUGGUGUUGGUGGAUAAGGAUGCGUCGCCAACUAGCGCCCCCACUUCGACUAGCCUGGCUGCCACGAUGGCAUGUUUGGCUCCUUUUAGAACAACUUUUUAGGGGAAGAAAAUAAUAUUUUUAUUUCCUCUGGAAAGAUAGAAAUGGAAGAAAAGGCAGGUGUUCAAAGGUGCACCCGAGCCAACUAGCUCACGUACUCUCCCCGUUACACUUUA